AUGGGACUUUCAAUUAUAACCGCCUACACGGGUUCCAGCAUGGAAUUUGUGGGUAUAAGCUUAUUUGCGGCUAUCUUAUGUCUGUAUGCUACUGUUGUUGUCACCUACCGCGUCACCUUCCACCCGCUCUCCCAGUUUCCGGGCCCAAUGCUCGCCAGGGCGUCUUAUGGUUAUGAAUUCUGGUUUGACGUUGUCCACAAAGGCCAGUUUACACGCAAAGUCGCAGAGCUGCAUAAAGUAUACGGCUCCAUUGUACGGGUUAAUCCGGAUGAGCUGCACUGCAAUGACCCUGCUUUCAUCGACAUCUUAUACCGGCAAGGAAAGGAAAAGCGCGACAAAUCUAGCCAUUAUUUAGCUGCAUUUCCCAGAGGUGUCAAGCUUGCCACCGUCGGUACAGCCAACCAUGAUGAGCAUAGGCAGCGGCGAGUUCCUGUUGCAAAGUAUCUUUCACGUUCCAGGAUAUCGAAGCAUGAGAGUGUAGUCCACGAAAAAGCACAGCUUCUCUGCGCCAAGCUGCUGGCCUGGGACAAAAAUGAGCCCUUUCAACUGACCGCUGCAUACUCUUGCUUCACAACAGAUACGCUGACCAAAUAUGCCUUUGGGCAUAGCCUGGAAAACCUCAAGGGGCCCGGCUGGAAACCGACCUUCAAAGGUACUGUUGACAAGAUGACGGGCUUGUUUUAUCUCAGUCGACAUCUGCCCUUUCUGGCAUGUCUUGCCGAGUAUUUACCCCUGAACGUCUGCCGAUACAUCUCAACCGAGAUCUACGCGCUGUUGGAGCUCAUUCGCAUCGUUAUCCCGCAACUUGUACAGGACAGCUUAGACAUCAGAUCUUUCUCCGAGCGAAAAGACGUUGGAAAGACUUACUGGCGAGGCAGUCGCGCUAGUUCUGGGCGGGACUCACAGCUGCGCGCGGAGUUGCGCAGCGUAGUACGGGAUGAGACGGCAUUGCCGCCAUGGUCUACCCUAGAGCAAUUGCCGUACCUCAACGCGGUAAUCCAGGAGGCCCUGCGAUUGAUGCAUGGCGUCGCAAGCCGAAUAAGCCUCGUCGCACCAGACGGGGACCUGGUUUAUGUGGCACCCGAUAAUUCAUCCCACGUUAUCCCUUGUGGUUCUGCGAUUGGAGUCUCGACGUACAUGAUACACACCGAUCCGAAGCUUUAUCCUGAUCCCACGUCAUUUGUGCCACAGCGAUGGCUGAACGCGAAUGGGUUUCGGAAUCGGGAGCUAGACAAGUAUAUGCUGUCUUUUUCCAAAGGCCCUCGCCAAUGUGUUGGCAUGCACUUAGCGUAUUGCGAGCUGCAUAUCGCCAUGGCAGCGCUGGCGCUCCGUGCACUACCCCACAUGAGGCUGUAUAAUACCACAGUCGCGGAUGUCGCCUACGACCACGAUCAGCUUAUCUCCAUGCCAAAGACGGGUAGUAUCGGUGUGCAGAUUAUGAUUCAUUGA